AUGCCAUCAUACAUCGGUGCUAUCGACCAAGGAACGUCGUCUUCUCGUUUUUUGAUUUUUGAUGAGAAUGGAAAAAUUGUAGCACUUCAUCAAAUUGGAUUCCCUCAAUACUAUCCUCAGCCUGGGUGGAUUGAACAUAAUCCUAAUGAAAUUUUAGACUCUGUUUCAAAAUGUGUUGAUGUAUGCAUUACCCAAUUUUUAAAUGAUAAAACCCAUUCUAUUAAAGAUAUCAAAGCCAUUGGGAUUACUAAUCAACGUGAAACGUUUAUUGCAUGGGAUAAAAAUACUGGAAAACCUCUCCAUAACGCUAUUGUUUGGAGUGAUACUCGCACUCUUGAUUUGGUUCAUCAUUUGACUGAACAAAUUAAUCACGGUGCUGAUAUAUUUAAGAAGUUAUGUGGGUUGCCAAUAUCCACGUAUUUUUCGGCUGUGAAAUUGUUGUGGAUGAUUAAUAAUGUUCCUGCUGUAAGAGAUGCUCACAAUAAUGAUACCCUUUUGGUUGGAACUGUUGAUACUUGGCUUAUUUGG